CAAUGGAUUUUGUCAAAACCGUGUUCCAGACCUUCUGAUGGUUUGAAUGUCCUUGUGUGUCAUUAAUAUGACAGUUAGGAGACUUUUCUUUGUGACCCUGGCAGUAACCUUCGUAUGUCUUUUCUUCUAUGGGUUAUAUUCCAAGAACCUGGUGAUGUAUAAUAUGCGGCGAAGCUUUGUACACACAAGAGGAUCAGAGUUUUCCAAAGAAACAGCAAGCGUCUUAUUUCUAGAUGAAAACCAAGGUAGAUCCCAGCAUGCACUAGAAACACUUGGUUCCAAUGGUACCCUAAAAGCCAGCCUGGACAAAAAGGCAGAAACUACAAAUAAAAGAAUUGAAAAGGACAAGGUGGAGAGUGAUGACAAUUUGAAACCCAAAGCACUAAGCUCCAAAACAUUCCCAGGCAGCAAGACCACCAAAGAUACCCCCAAACCCAGCAAGGUUGGUACCACCACAAAAAGACCUCAAGAGAAGUCCACAACUGCCAAGUCCAAAAAAGUCACAUUGACAAGAGGCACCAAGGCUAACCGGAUGUCACCAGCAGAAGACAAACUGGAAGGACGUACCAAAAGCAUGACCCCUACGCCACUUGUGCCACCCAUGAAUAAAUUGGACUUUAAGAAAAUUCCCAAAUGGGAUUUUGAGGACAUAUAUCGACGGGACUCCCAUCCCAGACAGACGACCUGCCCAGAAUCGGUCAUGCUGUCUAAAGAUCCUGAUUUUCAGAAGGCCUUAAUUCCUGAUAUUAAAAUCUUUAUGCACAAGGAAGAUUUUAACACCAGUGAAUGGAAUCGUCUCUACCAUUUUAAUAAUCCCUUUGGCUUCAUGGGGGGAAACUAUACAGAAGUCAAAGAGGCUGUGCAGCUCAUCCCGAAAUUGAAAGACUAUCAGCUUUUGCCCGUUCCAAAAAACGAAGCACACGGAUGUAUCCGCUGUGCUGUUGUUGGCACUGGAGGGAUUUUAAAUGGCUCACGCAUGGGUAAAGAAAUUGAUUCACAUGAAUAUGUAUUUAGGAUGAAUGGCGCUGUGACUUUAGGCCAUGAAGAUGACGUGGGAAAUAAAACAUCUGUUUAUGUCCACACAGCCCACUCCUUGAGUUCCUCAAUCUCUUUAUUUAAAAGGCACGGCAUGAGUGGUAUACCACACAAUGAGGGAACCAAGUACGUCAUGAUCCCAGAAGGCAUGCGUGAUUUCCAGUGGCUCAUUGGCCUGCUGAAGAACACCACUGUUGCCACUGGUCCGUAUCGAGGAAGAAAGCUCUGGACAUAUUAUCCCAGCCAAUUUGAUCCAAACAAGUUCUAUGUGCUUCACCCUGAUUUCCUCCGAUAUAUUCGGAAUAGGUUUCUGAACUCCACUCAACUUCAGUCUCCACACUGGCACAUCUUCAGACCAACCAAUGGAGCGUUCACUUUGUUUCUGGCUCUUCAUGUCUGUGACGUUGUGGAUGCCUAUGGGUUCAUUACAGCAGACCAUGCCAAAUACCCCAACUAUUACUGUGAUAAGCAAAAGAGCCGAGUUGUUUUUUACAUCAAUCACGACUAUAAUUUGGAAAUUAGAACAUGGAAGAAACUUCAUGACACUAAGAUCUUGAAACUUUAUCAGGGGACUGAGGACACGCAGAAACCAGAAAAUGAAGAAAAAAAAGAUUAAAGAUUUUUAAAAAAUUGGGGAGAGCAUGGUGAUAUGAUAUGUUGCCCGCUGGCACACACAGUUUGCUGUAACGUAAUUCUGUGGUGUACAUAUUCCUAUUAAAUAUUUCUUUUUUUCUUUCAAUGAAAGUGGAGUCUUGUAAGACCUAGUCGGUCACAAGAUUCCUUUGAAAUGAUCUUUUAAAUUAUGCAAAGGAACAAGUAAUAGGUGUAUUCCAUGCUGAAAAGAGAAGAAAGAAAACACAACG